AUGUCAUCCAACCCACCCGAAGCCACAUCUCCAUCUCCAUCUCCAUCUCCAGCAGACCACGCACGCGCUCUAAUGGCGCGCAAAGACGAAAUCGAAAGCGAACUGCAAGAACAAAUCGACAUCCUCAAAUCCAACAAUGUCACAAUGGACACACCCCUCGUCGACGCAGAGGGCUUCCCGCGCGCGGACAUUGACCUGUGGGUUGUGCGUACCGCGCGCAAGCGGGUUAUUGAGCUGCGGAACGAUUUGAGAGCGCUGAUGGAUGAGAUUGCGGGGGCGCUGGAGAAGGUGUACGACCCUUCUGUGCCGAGCCCGAGCUUGCGGAAUGGUGUGGCGAGUAGUAGUGCUGUGCCUACGAAGCCGUUUGCGAGGGUCGAAGCUGUUGCACCUGGGAGCCCAUCCGCUGAGGCAGCCUUGCAGCGCGGAGAUCUGGUGCUCAAGUUUGGAGGGCUUGAUCACAACUCGUUCCAGUCGAGCUCUCUGCAACCUAUAGCCGAGCUCGUGGCAGCGAGCGAGAAUCGCGCAAUUCGCAUACUGGUUUCACGAGAUAAUGUAACCAAAGCUUUGACUCUUACACCUAGGAAGAACUGGGGUGGAAGAGGUACACUCGGGUGUCAUAUUGUUCCCUACACGGCAUCAUAG